UUACUGCACUAGUUUACCAGUGCAGGAACAGAAAACAAACCCCCUGUGUUAUUAGUGCAGCAGUGUGAACCUCCCAUUACUACACGAAUGGCGCUUCUGUUGACUACUCCACUUCGCUCGGCGAUCGAAAGAUUCGAAUUUGCUCCCUGCCGUGCGAUCAUACGUGCCACGUACUGACGUUCGAGUGCAAAAAUACUUCCACCAGUUUCAACGGAAAGAAUGCAUCUCAAGGCGACCGAGCGAUAACACAACAAAAUGCUCCUUUGUAAGUGAUAAAAAGAAGUCGAUACAAGAGAUGAAUGUAAUUUACAGCUGCCGAAAUGACAAGCGACCUGUUGAUAUUCAUUCCGCAAACGCUGCGCGCGGAGCGUUCCGGUUACAUACUCGGCAAGGUGGUGCACGAUGCCAGCGGCGACCUGAACAAGUUCUACAUCGUCAGCUCGCGCGGGCCGGCCUCGAUGGAGCUGACCAGGUCUACGUUGGGCGUCAUCGGGUAUCAUUCCAAUGGGAGCGACGCGAUCGCCGAGCCCUCGGAGCGCAAGCACUCGAAUUGGGUGCACCUGGCGGCGACGCCGUCCGAGGACGGGCGGGACAGCGGAUAUCGUCUGGCGAGCGUCGUUCUUAACGGCAAGAAGGUAGAUCUGACGGUGACGCGCACGAUGCUCGUGCUGUACGACCAGCGGGCGUUGCGGGAGACGGAGCUGUUCGAGAGCGGGACGGGCGAUCACUUCCACGAGCUCGCCAGGCUGAUUCAGAGCAAGCGGCACGAGCUGGAGACCAAGUCCAGACUCGCGCGCGCCUGGGAGACCCUGCUCACCUGUCACGUGUCCCUCUACCUGUAUCCCGUCCUGCUGCUGUCCACGACGACGGAGAGGCUGCUGCCGGUUCUCAAGUACUCCUCCCUCGGCCUGCACGUCCAUGACUGGCUGAGGAACGUCAAGUGGAUGCUGGCGACGGUGGUGCGAGAUGGACACUUUAAGCUGAAGACGGGAAAUUAUGCGCUGGCUAUUGUGAUAGACAUAGCGCUGGGGAUCUACGUGCUGAGAUUGCUGCGGUAUUACAUCGAGGAUCAGCCGUCGCAGCUCCUGCUGAGCAAUGCGGAGAAAGUCGUGGAGGCCUUAAGGGACCUGAUUAACUGGCUGAUGGGCGUGCCAGCUGGCCUGAAACUGAACCACGCCCUGAACAACACCAUGGGCAAGUUCUUCCUGUAUCAUAUACAACUCUGGUGGACAUUCCUAAUAUUCUUGAAGCCGCUUCUGGAUCUCUCGUUCGAAGUGCUGCUCCUGUUCGGCAGGCUGGGCGUCACGUUUCAAAUAUCCAUCGUCGCGGACCUCCUCGCUCUCGUCAGCUUCCACACGUAUUGCAUCUACGUUUACGCAGCCAGACUCUUCAAUAUUCAGCUGAGGGGGAUCACGGCUCUCUUUAGACUCUUCCUCGGCAAGAAGAAGAAUCCCCUGCGCGAGAGAGUCGACUCCUGCCAGUAUCAAACGGACCAGCUGUUCGUCGGCACGCUGUCCUUCACAAUCCUCCUGUUCCUGAUGCCCACGACGUGGGUGUACUACACCGUGUUUACGCUGCUGAGAUUAGCGUCGAUCGCGUUUGGCGGCUUUCUGACCCGGCUCAAGUUUUACCUGCAAGUCAUGCCCGUUUACACCUUUUGGAAGUGGCUGCUGCGAUCCUACAGCACUCGCAGUAUCGUCGACAUCAGACUGCAUCCUUGCUGCGCGGAGGGACUGACGGUGCUGUCGAUGACCACGGUCGUCGCGCCUUGGAGGCUCACGUGGAAAAGGUGCGUCCCGGACACGAUCGUCUGCCAUCCGUCCAUCGAGUGGAGCACGAUACUGAACAACGUCAUAUGGGGCCAUUUGUUGUAUCCCUUGUGAAAAAUAGAUCUACAUCCUUUAGUUACAAUAAAACUUAUUUAACAUU